UUGGGGAACUAAAGGUCCUGCAGUUCGCGCAAAUAAUGCCAUUUUUGUGCAAGAUGAAACGGGAAUUAUUAAAGCACAAGUUACAGUCCCUGAUGAGAAUAUUGUUAGACGAGCACAUAAUGAAGCUUAUAAUGAAAUACGUAGAAAAGAGUAUGAGGUAAAGCGAAAGAGCAGAAAAGACAAACAAGAAGAUUCUCAAAAAGCUUUUCGAACAUUGGUUUUGUUUUUAUGGAUUUUUACCAAUGCUUUAUUAAUAAUUGCUAUCAGAGGUGAUAUUUUGGAGCAAAUUAUGUAUAGAGAAACACCUCAUGAAGAAAUACCUCAUGAAGGAACACAUGAAAUACCUCAUGAAAGGGUACAUGAAGUAAAUCAAGAUUCAAGAUUUAAAGCUUAUGUGAUAUUUAUUUUCUGGUCUGUCACUGGACUAACCGCUUUUAGAUUUUUGGGCGUCAAGAAGUCGAAUCUUGUUAUGGGAAUAGUUUCAAUAAGUUCAUUGAGGCAAGGCGUCGUUGUUAUUUAUCUCAGGCGUUUAGCAUCAUUGAGGGAUCAAGGAAUCGGCGUUGAAAAGGAUAAAUCCACAGUGGAAGGAAACACCGAUAGUUACCUUGAGUAA